UAAUGCAAAAGAUCAAUCUUAGGACAUACAUACAUACAUAAUCCGUGAAAAUGCAAUGGAAAAAAAAAGGAGUCGAUUAAUGGACGGAGAGAAAAUUAAAAUUAUUUUCGUCUUUAUUAAAAUCGUUCAGCGAAUGAUUCUAAAAUCGGCGAGGUGGUUGGUUAAAGAGUUAAUAAGGAAAACAAAAGAAAGAAAGAAAAAAAGUUUAUAUUAUAAAAGCAAUACGAUAAUAACUUAUCUUCUCGAAAACUAUCAUCCCACCCCCUACUCCAACCUCCACUCUCACUCCUAUUCACGGGUAGGAGAAGACACGCCGUAACAAUUCUUUCUAAUUCUGUUAGAUUGCUCGAAAUGCCUUACGACUGUCGCUAUAUCCGUACACAUCCGGACUAUAAAUCUAAUUCAAAUGAAAAAGAAAAAGAAAAAAAAAAGAAAAGAAAAAAAAAAGAAGAAAAAAGAAACACUGAAUAUUAAAACGAGAUUUAGAACUUUGGCUCUCGCAGGACCUGUCUCGUGUGAUAAUAAUAAAUGUCAUUGUAUCAAUUAGCUAAAGCUCUAUUUUUAUUAACGAGACCACGUACGUAUAAUCCAGAAGUUAGGAUUUUUAUAGCUCGCAACUUAAGUGUAGUGUCUUUACUCUUGUAUUUGUGCGCGCGCGCGCGCGCGCAUGUAUGCGGAACGACAUGAUAUAGAAAGAAAAAAAACACAUACUACACGCGUAUACACGAAAUAUCCAUUUUUGUGUGCGUAUUAUAUAUUAUUAUUCCGCUGAAAUGAUCUGGAUAAUUUUAUCAUCGCAUUUAAGAGAUCGUUGCGAUAUUAUUAUAUUCUUGAGGCAAAGAAAGGAAAAAAAAAGAAAAACGAACGAUAGAACAUAGUGACUGUGCGUACGGCGAACGAUACCUAAAAAGACACAUACAUACGUACAUCCUCUUCGCAUUUGCACCGAACGAUUUAAGUCCUAAGCUAUCAUAAUACAUAUAUAACGAGAAAGAAACAAUAUAAGAAUUUUUGUACAAGGUUUUACGCUAUUAUUACGUUCUCUCUGUGCUUUCUGCGCUCUUGAUUAUUUCGCGUAUAAUUUUCGUUUGUAAUGUUUUUCUUUUUUUUUUUCUUUUUUUUUUUUCUUUUUUUUUUACAAAAUGGUCACUCUCUUUCGUUCGUUUAUAUAUCAUUUUAUUUUAAUUUUUUAAUUUUUUUUCUAAAUUCCUAAUCGUAUGAUAUAUGAUGAACGAUGCGAAAGAGAGAGAGAGAGAGAGAGAGAGAGAGAGAGAGAGAGAGAGAAAAGGUAUAGAGAAAUUAGGGCGAAAGAGAAGAAAGAAGGGAAGAAAACUAUUUUAGUUUAACUUAGCAGCGAAUUGUGCCUCGAGUGACUUAUUAGUUGACUUUUCUGCGAUCACGAAUAUUUUUCUGAGCAUCCCGAUCUCUUGUAACAUUCCUCGGUUCUUGUAGAUAACGUAUAUAUUAAAAUGCAGACAGGAAGACUUUACAAGACUGCUAAGAGAGAGAGAAAGAGAGAGACCCGACGAAACGGAGUUAUUAGACAGGUGAUCGGUGUUAGGUUGUCAGUUAGAACGAGACGCUAAACAAGAGAAUCGCAAUUAUAUGCUCUCGUAAAGCAUUAUGAGUAAACGAACUAUUACUCUCUGCUGAUAAUAUAAAUAAAUAAAUAAAUAAAUAAAUGAAUAAAGAAAUAAAGGAAAAAAGAAGAAAAAAAUAACAAAAAAAGACACUUGUAUUAUAAACAUAGCAAAUAAUGUUAUUAAUAGAAAAUGUACGAGGAGGCGCGUUACAUCUUGGAUCGAUAUUUCAUUGUUGAAAAGUUAAAACAACAAUGAUGGAAUAUGAUUAUUGUGUAUGUGCUGAACGAUGAAAAAAUGACCGCAAUAGAUAGAAAGAUUUCAAUGAGUGGUGGUAUGAACUAUUAUUAACUGUAUAUGAUGAACGUUUGCGUAAUCGCAUGUCUGUGAAAAAUAACGAAAGAGCGUUUUGAAAUCGAGAAUAAUUUAUUUAUUCAGUUUACGUCGAACACCCCUCUCGAUCGUUUAAUUUUACAAUCGAGUAUCACGCGAGUAUUCUAUUAGAAUUCUUCUUUAAAAGUGACGACGGAUAUGGAUCGAACUAUUUUUUCUUAAUAUAUAUAUUAAAUUAAAUAUACAUAUGAUUUAAUUAAGAAUUAAUAUUUAAAUAUCGAAUUAACCACUUUAAGAAGAAGGUGGUAUCGUGAAAAGUGAUGAAAUUUAUUCCAAAUUAAUAAACAAAUUCACGUUUUCGUUAACUUAAAUUUGUUUCACGAUUUAAUUUUUUUUAUUCUUUAUUUUUUUUUUUUUUUUAAAUAAAUCAGUUCAAUCCAUUUUACCAUCUGAAACUUUUAGAAAGAAUUUAUAUAGAAUAAUUAAUAACGCGAUCGUUGCCAUGUUCUUAGGAUCGAUCGAUCGAUCCUUUGAAAAAAAAAAAAAAAUAUACGAGAUAUCGUAUGAACAAUCGAUAUGAGAGAUUAUGCCGCGUAUAUUCUUAAGACGCAACACCAAGAACAUUUUAAAAAUCGUGAGAACGACGUCUUUACCACGUAAUAAAUUUUCAAUUAUUGCGGGUGACGAAAGUGGACGUAUGCUUCCAAAUAUAAUUAUUAUUUUAUAAUUCUAUGAUAUCCAGCGCUCCCCCCUCCCUUCCUACUACUACCCCAUUCCCCCCACUACACUUCUCCUUUCCCCACUAUGGCCGCGCUGCUUUAUAUUCUUUCACAGCCAUCGUACUUAUUAUCGUCACAAUACGUUAUAAUAUAGCGCGCGAACAAUAAAAGUACGUAUUAAAAACUAUUCGAUGAAACUGUGAAUUUGAAUAAUAAAAUUAUCAAUAAUAAGAAGUAACACAAUUCGUCGUUUGUAUUAAUAAGGUCCGUUGAAUUUUUCAAUGAUUUAAGUUAUUUAAAAAAAAAAAAAAAAAAAAAAAAAAAAAAAGUAACACACAACAAUACAUUAGAGUGGAGGUAUUUCGAGAUAAAAUUUAUGCGAUGGAUUACGUCAUUCCAUCUUUUUUUUUUUAAUUUCUUUUUAUUCGUAUUUUCAUCGUACAUUAUUUUAUCUAUUUUUGGAGAAACAUAUUGUGGCGGAUUAGAUUGGGUGAGUUAAACUAAAUGUUCACGAUAAUGAAAACUCGUUCCAACAAAAUUAUUUUAUAUUGAAUAUCGCAAAUUUAAUACGUGUUUUUUUUUCGAUGAUUUUUAGAAUAUAAUUAUGAUUAACUGAUACGAACUUUAUUAUUUAUUACGGAAACGUCUUCCAAAAGAUAUAUUUACUAAGUACUUAAUACUAAAAAUGAUUAUUUGCACAAUGCAAGUAACUAUUUAUAAAUAUUUAUAUUCCAGAUGUCGCGUCGGGAAUUGGCGACGUUGACCAUUAUACAAGAUCCUAUUACUAAGGAUAUAUAAUUAUAACUUUCGAAAUUAUAAUUUCGAAUAAUAUUUCUUAAAUAUUAUUCUUUCUUAUUAAUAGAAUUAAUUCAUAUGAUCUUAUCAAUAAAUUAAAAUCAAGAAUAUGCUAGUGCGUAUACAAAACGUUUGUUCUUAAAAUUGUUUAUCCCUUGAUUUUAUAAUAGUUUACACCAGCAAUGAAAAUGGAUAUAAUUCUAAUUAAAGCAUUAAAUGCCUAUAAUGCACUUUCUUUAUUUCCAUAAUUAACUUGAAUUUCAUGAUAUUUUUCAAGAUUCCAAUGAGUCAAAGAUAUGCUAAAUUCGUUAAUAAUAAAUCAGAUAUAGAGUCGAGCGCAUUACAUUUACAUUUUUCUUAAGUACUGUUUUAUAAUUAUGAAAAAUUAAUUAAACUAGUAGUAUUAAACUACGAGAUAAUUCGUAAUUAACAUCCUAAGUAAAACUGACAAAAAUUAACGUAUCGUAACCAAAAUUUUUUCCAAAUAUGCCUGAAAUACCGUUUUUUUUAAAUAUGUACGCAUGUUAUUAAUGUUUAAUCAUUCUGAUAUAUUCCAACUUAUCUUUAUAUCACCUACCGGAAAUAAAAUCAAUUAAAAUUUUAAAUUCGAAAUCGUUGCAUUUGGCUAAUAUAUACGAAUACGAAUAUUUCUUAAGUGAAAAAUAUUAAUUCAAUUUUCUUCUGCAUUCUGAUGAGUAAGUACAUCUUCAUUUUAGGGUAGAAUGGCCGUCUUAUAAUAACAAGAAAAAUUUUAAAUAAGUUUAUUUUUAUAAGUAUCAAUUUAUGUAAAGUAUAUUUGUUGUUCGCCAUUUUGUUGUUAAUAGCAUUUUAAUACCAUUUUAAUAUAUCUCCCCAUAAGAUAUUUGCAGGCUAAGUAAGAUAUUCGCUUGGGUGAACAUGGUUAGGACUAAGCUCAGACAUUAUUUAGUUAAUAAAAACAUGACUGGACGUAUUUAACAGGAAAUUACUGAAUAUACUACUGUAUAUUCAAUAAUAAACAGUCAUCUCUAUCCAUUCAAAUGCAUAACCAUAUAAUAGUUUAUUAAUAAAUGUAUAUUCUGCAAAAAAUAAAUUUAAGAUUUUUUAUUAUCAAAUAUUUUUGGUAUUACGAAGAAACACGACUCUUUCAUCAUUGAAUAGUAUUGUUUCAUUGUUCUCGAUUUAGCAUUCAAAAUUCGAAUUUGCAAUCGUAUUAUUACGCAAAUAAACAUGAGUCUAAAAAUAAAAUGGUAAAUACGUUCUUUUUAUUUUUUUCUACACGGUUUUUCAAACAGAUUUUAUACAUGUUCUGACGGAUUUAAUCUUCAAGGAGCUCAAAGCGUUAAAACUUUUUGGAACACAAUUAAAAUAUACACAAUAUAUAUUUUUUCUCUUUAACUCUUCAUACAAAUGAUGUGAGAAAUGCAUUGCUCAAAUUUGGUUAUAGUCGCAAAUAUAGAAAUAAAAUUUAUAUACUAACUGUUAGAUAUUACAUUAAAUUUAUUAUAUAUUAAUAUAAAUUUAUAUUAUCGUGUAAGAGAUGUCCUUAUUUUAAGUGAUCUGAGAUGAUUACAUCUACAGUCUACAGCAUAAAUUCAUUACUGUCGAUGCAUAUCUAUGAUACGAAACUUCUAAAAAAAAAAUAGUACAUAUGUACAUUCUAAAAAAAAUGUAAAUUUCAGAUUUUCAAUUAUCAGAUAUUUAAAGUAUUGUAAUGAAACUUGAUCAUUUCGUCACAUUGAAUAAUAUCAACGUAUUUCCAGAACAAAAUAAAAGACAAGGAUCGGAGUUCAAGGAUUAAGGUAAGAUAUUUUUUUAUUUUUUUUUAUUUAAAUAAGCUUAACGUGAAUUUGGAAAAUUACAUAAUAGCUUAAAAUGAGUUUCUUAGAAGGAGAUAUAGCGUUAUUAUGAAAAAGAGUUUAUCGUGGACAAUUUCAAUAAUUACGAACUUACGAUUAGUUUCGCUACAAAUUUCUAUCAUUCUAUUUAACGUGGAAAAAUAUCAUGAGUGCAUAUAAGGAGACAAAAGAAUCAUAUAGAUUCUUCAAAUAUGCUAAUCCAGAAACAGGAAGUUGUUAUUUCCGGAUUUGCUGGUAAAUUUCCGGAAUCCAAUAAUGUAAAGGAACUGAAAGAUAAUCUUUUUAACAGCAAAGAUUGUAUUAUCGAUGACGAUCGUCGUUGGAAACAAGAUCACCCUGAAAUUCCAGAGCGAACUGGCAAAGUUAACAAUAUUCAAAAAUUUGAUGCGUCAUUUUUUGUUGUAUAUUUUGAACAAGCCAAUUCGAUGGAUUCUAUAGGUAAUAUGUUGCUUAAACAUGCUUACGAAGCUUUCGUAGAUGUUGGAAUUAAUCCAAAUGACAUACAUGGAACGAGGACAGGUGUAUUUAUAAGUUUAUGUUUCUCCGAAUCCGAGAAAAUUUGGCUCUAUGAAAAAUUUGAGAUAUUAAAGAUUUAAAGACUGUCUGUCACCAUACUUCCUUGGCUGGAUUUAGAAUGGAUUCUAUGACGGCUGUAGAAAUAAGACGUUAGAGCAUGAAUAUGAAAUAUAUCUCACACCAUAAGAUAUUCGAAGCUUAAACUUCGCCAAACUCAUGGAAAUGAAUAAUCAAUUGAUAUAUAAUAAUAAUCAUAAUAAAAGUGCUAUAAAAAAAUAUUAACUGAUACAAAAAUGUUGACGCAACUAUUCGAUGAAGUACCUUCCUCCGAAAUAACUAUUCCGCUUAAAACUAAUCUAGAGGAAGGUCGGAACGAAGUAUUCUUUAUUCCAGAAAUUUAAGGAUAUGAUAGCGUUUUUGAAAAAUUAGAAUAAAAAAUUAAGUCGUCCGCAACUUGUUUUCAACUGGCUACAAAUUAUGAAUUUACAAACUAUAGAGGAGAUGGCCAUCUCCUGAUGGCCAAUUCAUUACUAUCGAUAUAUUUUUGUAUUAAAAAAAAAAAAAGAUAUUUAAUUAAACCUAAUAUUAUUAAAUCUUACGCAUUGACAUAUUAUGUAACUUUAUAUAUUAUAGCAUAUAUUAGAAAAACUUAAAGAUCGAAGAAAUUUCACGUUAGUGGGAUAUUCGUUUGGAUCGCUUAUAACAUUGAACUGACACGUAUAUUAGAAUCCAAAAGAUUUAAAGGCCAGCUAAUUUUGAUAGAUGGUGCUCCUCAGCAAAUAAAAUCAUUUAUAAACCAAUACAUGCAUUUAUCAUGAAAGGAAAAACUAGAAAGCAAUAUUUUGCUUGGCAUCAUGAAUGCAUUUACACCUAGUAACAGUGAACGGAUACGAUAUUUCCUUCUUUCUAUUUUUUGUAAGUGUCAUACUACUUUUCAAAUAUUAUUUCGCAGAUUGUAAUUGAAUUAAAAAAAUGUAAAACGUCGAAUGAGAAAAUAAAUACAUUCUUUAAUGUGAAAUCUUCUGAACAUAGGCAGUUACAUAUGAAAAAAAUUCAUAAAAGCAUUAUUCUCUCAUAUUAUGUGAGAUUGCAAGCGGCUAUGAAAUAUAAUUCAGAACCGAUACCAUAUAUAAGAACAUCAAUCACAUUAUUUAAACCGAAGUUAUUGCCUAUAUGACACAUCGCGUACGAUUAUGGGCUAUAAGAGUUAAAUAGUAAACAUUCAUAUAUAUGGAUCAUGAAAAUAACACUUAUUUAUUAUAAAAAUACUUUAUUAUAAUAAAUAAAUAACACUUAUUUAUUAUAAAAAUUAUAAAAAUUUUUAGAUAACUGAAGACAGAAUAAAAGUACAUGUUGAUGGCGAUCGAUGUUAGAAAAUAUGAAAAUUGCAAUGGCAAUUAAUGAUGAACCAUUUGAGGAUUGUUGCAGAAUUUAAAGAUAAUCUAAUGAAAGAAAACUAAUAAGAAUAAAAUUAAUAAAAUUAA